GUUUAACUACAAGAAAUCUUAAGUCAUGCCAGGCACAAAAAGGAUCACGGCCAUUCUGGCUUUUAUUUUGCUUUGCUCCACUGUGUCACAAGCUAUGUCAUUGAUGAAAUCAGCAUCACAGCUAAGAUGUCAAUGUAUCACGACACAUUCUGCAUUCAUUAGUCCUCGGCUUUUUGAAAAAGUUGAGUUGAUUCCCAGUGGGCCACACUGCAAAAAUGUUGAAUUAAUCAUUACAUUGAAAACAGGAGAGACUGUAUGUGUGAAUCCAUCUGCUCCGUGGGUGGAGAAGAUCAUCGAAAGAAUAUUACAAAGCAAACAAAACCAGGCAGAGCCAGAAGAAUAGAAAAUAACCUGUACAAAUAUGAUUAUUUCUCAGGAACAAUGUUCUGGAUGAUUAUCUUGAGAUAAUUUGUU